AUGGCUGGUAUUCAGAAUCUCCCGGUAGAGAUUGCGGACCAGAUCCUGGGGUACCUGGACAACGAAAGCCUUACUCGAAUUGGCCGUUGCAGCUCGGGCUUCACGCCACUCUCAAUCAAGGAGCUGUACCGACGUGUAUUUAAAGCCAGCGAGGGUACCCAGGCAGUCCCUUAUAAAUUGUACGAGCAGUCCAAGUAUUGGAAAUCGAAGUACAUCAUCGGCCUCCUCAAGUCAAUCAAAAUCGACGAGUUCCUGGUUGAGGAGGAUGGACUGACCCCGUUCCACCACUUUGCGAGAGAAGGGUCAAUUCCCGUAGUUCGAUGUUUACUCGAAAGGAAGUUGGAUCCUAACUUCCAGUCAAGCUGUGAAGGAUGCUACCCUAUAGGCCGCAGUACCCCGCUACAACAUGCUAUGUACAGCAUCACAUUGUUCGGUGCUCAGCACGGAACUACAAAAGACUGGCAGCGCUUCAUGGAGCUGUUCGAAAUUUUUGUAAAGGCAGGCGCAGACAUCAACCUCCAGAGCGACGACGGCAGCUGUCUUAUGUCUCACUUGAUCGAAUAUGGCCCGAGAAUGAUGGUGAUGAAGGCCCUAGGAAUUGUCAGCGAGCUACCAGUCGACUACAACAUCUUGGAUAACUGGAAUCUUUCCAUGGUUUGGAAGUCAGUCCAGCGUGGCUUCCAAGACGUAUUGGAAGUACUUCUUUCCCGGGGCGCUCAUCCUACUCUUGGUAGCCUCAUCAGCGGUGAAACGGCGCUGCACCUAGCGGCUGUCAGUGGAAACCUGGAUAUGUGCGAGAUGCUCGUCGCCGCCUUACAGUCUCGCGAAUGCAGUAUCUCCCAGAAAAACCGACGCGGGCUCAAUGCUGCCGAGGUGGCCCAUGAGCGAGGCUGCCACAAAGUAGCAGAGUUCUUUGUUGACCAGGGGCUCAAGAUCGAUCCAUUAGUGUGUCCGAAUCGGUCUGCGCCGUUUCGCUACCCAGGGCCUCAGGUGUUGUAUGGUGGUGUAUGCCAGUGUAAACGGGAGUAUUUCCAAAAGUACUGGAGGUAG